AGGAACCUUGAAGGAAAACAAAGAAGAAAGAAUUUUCCUGCUUGAACACCUAAAGGAUCCAUCAGCAUUCUCUGGGACGACUACAGUGUCUGCAGCUUACUACAUGCAAGAACAUCUGUCGUUACUCAUAUGACUAUAUGCUCCACCAUGUGGAUGUUUCCAAGGCAGAACCAAAGUUGGGUUUCAGAGUUCAUCCUGAUUGGCUUCUCCAGUGAUCCCACAACCAACAGCAUCCUCUUCAUUGUCUUCCUUCUCAUCUACCUGAACUCAGUCCUGGGCAACGGACUCAUCAUCAUGCUGGUCUGCCUGGACACACAGCUGCACACUCCUAUGUACUUUUUCCUCUGUACCCUCUCCCUGUUGGAUAUGAGCUAUGUCACUACCACCAUGCCCCAGAUGUUGGUGCAUCUUCUUGCUCACUCUCAGACCAUCUCCUUUGCUGGCUGCUGGCUGCAGAUGUAUAUGUUCAGUGCCCUGGGUAUAGCUGAGAGCAUCCUCUUUGUUGUGAUGGCUUAUGACCGGUAUGUGGCAAUUUGCUAUCCACUGCGCUAUACUGUCAUCCUCAACUGGGGCCUGUGCAUACGAUUGGCAGCAGGGACUUGGAUCUGUGGUUCCUUUUCCUCUUUGUUGCAUACUUUCUUCACCAUGAGUCUGCCAUAUUGUGGGCCCAAAAGGGUUGACCACUAUUUCUGUGAAGGUCCUUCAGUGCGUAGUCUGGCUUGCAUGGAUACCCACCUCAUUGAGAUGGUGGACUUGGUGUUGAGUGUUUUUGUGGUUGUUACUCCAAUUUCCCUCAUUGUGGCUUCCUACAUUCACAUUACCAAGGCAAUUCUCAAGAUCAAGUCCACCCAGGCCCGCUGUAAAGCUUUCUCUACCUGUGCCUCCCACCUGACUGUGGUCACAUUUUUCUAUAUUCCAGCCAUUUACAUCUACAUUAGGCCAAACUCCAGCUACUCCCCUGAGAGAGACAAGCAGAUCUCACUCUUUUACAAUGUUUUCACAGCCUUGCUCAACCCUGUGGUCUAUAGUCUGAGAAACAAGGACAUUAAGAGGGCAUUUCUCAAGGUAAUGGGACUUGGUAGGAUGGACUGGUGAACCAGCAUCCUGGGAAGCUGGAGUAUUCACCAUUGAAGAAAAGGACAGUGUCUUUGUUGGGUAUAUCUGACCUGUGCAUUUGAACCACUGUAGUACUUAGUAAUUGGGACAAAAUAUCAUGAAACCAAGAUGUCUGUCUCAAUUGACAAGGUACAUAAGGUACAAUCCCAAACACAUCAGUCAUCCUGCUGGAUCAUAAUUGCAAUAUUUCAUUUGCUGCUCAUGUUUGUAGUUGUAGAGUAUGAGUGACCUUCUGUGUUCUCACCUCCAUCCUUAAGGAACCUUAUAUCCAUAAUGUCAUUUUAUAACAGAAGUAAAGGAACAGUGGACCACCUCACUAUGACUCAGCUUCUUGAGAGUGGCCUGAUUCUCUUUCUACACAUCAGGCUUGAGAGAUGGCUCAGUG